UGACUCGCUUGUCAUCGGGGUGAUGGGCACCGAGACCAACCUGGCGCUCUCGGGGAUGACGCCUGUUGGAGCGGGAGGGGGGAUCUCCUCCUCUUCCAGAGCCCUCCCCUUUCUCGCCAGCUCCUCGCAGCUCCAUUUGAACCUCAAAGGGCAUCCGACCGACUGCUGUGUAUUCCCAGCAACUUUGAAAGACAAAAGAGGGCUGCAGAAGAGUAGAAGAAGGGAAGGUGGGGAGGGAGGCCAGGAGAGACGGCCCUUUCCAGAAUCUUGAAAGGGGCUCAGGACGACGAGUCUCGCCAUCUCUUCACCAGCUAGAAUUUGACUCGGUCUUGACUCCCUAAAUUUCAAAGUACCAGUCCAUAAGCAACUUAAGUCGGAGCCAGCCAGAGGCCCUCCCCCUCAAAAGGUCUGAAUCCAGCUCCCUCCGGUUUAACUGUCUUGUGGCUGGUUCUGAUGAAGCAUCGGGCACAGAUCCAGGGAAGCUCAAUAAGUGCCCAAAUGGGCGGACUGCGACUCAUUUCGCAAGGUGCCUCUGCCUCCUUGGACCUGUAGAUCUCGCUGUGGUUCAACAAAAGGAGAAGCGCUCAGCUGGAGGCUGGUUCCGUCCUGAAGCGAAGCCUGCCUCAACUGCCGUUCCAGGUAGACGGUUCAGACACGCGCCCGAUCCCACUACAGUCUCCCCAUUAUAGCUUCAGCAUCAACAAAAUGCGGCGGCGAGUCCCCGAUGAAAGGGCAAGCGCAUAGACCUGCCUGCCAGACUGCUCGGAGUCUUUAUCUACAGGGCGGAGAGAAAGCGAACAGGUUGCUGCUUGUCUGUUUCUUUCGAAAAGAUGCUUUAAAGCGGAAGGCAAUGCGGGUCAGUGGCGUCCCACCUGGGCGAUCAGAAAUGAAAAGACAAAACAGACCCCCACAAACACGGUUUUGGAGAGAGCAUCGUGUCUCAACGGAUCGUCACGAUGGCACCAGCAAUGGGACAGCCCGGUUACCCCAGUUGGGGACUGUGGGUCAGUCUCCUUACACCAGCGCCCCUCCGCUUUCCCACACCCCGAACGCCGACUUCCAGCCUCCCUAUUUCCCCCCUCCAUACCAGCCCAUCUACCCUCAGUCCCAAGACCCUUACUCCCACGUUAACGACCCCUAUAGUUUGAACCCUCUUCACGCCCAGCCCCAACCCCAACACCCAGGCUGGCCGGGACAGAGACAAAACCAGGAAACGGGGCUUUUACACACGCAUCGGGGACUUCCCCACCAGCUCUCCGGCUUGGAUCCACGAAGGGAUUACCGGCGGCAUGAAGAUCUAUUGCAUGGACCUCACGGCUUGAGCUCAGGACUAGGAGACAUCCCCAUCCAUUCCAUACCUCACUCUAUAGAAGACGUAUCGCACGUAGAGGACCCGGGUAUUAACAUCCCAGAUCAAACUGUAAUUAAAAAAGGCCCCGUGUCCCUCUCCAAGUCUAACGCCAACGCCGUCUCCUCCAUCUCCAUCAACAAGGACACGCUCUUCGGCGGCGUGGUGAACCCCAACGAGGUCUUCUGCUCGGUGCCCGGCCGCCUGUCCCUUCUGAGCUCCACCUCCAAGUACAAGGUCACAGUGGCAGAAGUGCAGAGGCGCCUUUCCCCGCCCGAGUGCCUCAACGCGUCUCUGCUGGGCGGAGUGCUUCGGAGGGCAAAAUCAAAAAAUGGAGGGAGAUCUUUGAGAGAAAAACUGGACAAAAUAGGAUUAAAUUUGCCAGCUGGGAGACGCAAAGCUGCUAAUGUUACCCUGCUGACAUCACUAGUGGAGGGAGAAGCAGUUCACCUAGCCAGAGAUUUUGGUUACGUCUGUGAGACAGAAUUUCCUGCCAAAGCAGUAGCUGAAUUUCUCAACCGACAACAUUCCGAUCCAAACGAGCAAGUCACAAGAAAAAACAUGCUUCUAGCUACAAAACAGAUCUGCAAGGAGUUCACCGACCUGCUGGCUCAGGACCGGUCUCCUCUGGGGAACUCUCGGCCCACCCCCAUCCUGGAGCCGGGCAUCCAGAGCUGCCUGACCCACUUCAACCUCAUCUCGCACGGCUUCGGGAGCCCUGCUGUGUGCGCCGCAGUCACCGCCCUGCAGAACUAUCUCACCGAGGCGCUCAAGGCCAUGGACAAAAUGUACCUCAGCAACAACCCCAACAGCCACAACGACAACAGCUCCAAAAGCGGCGACAAAGAGGAGAAGCACCGAAAAUGAGGACUUGCCUCCUCCUCCACCCCCUGCCGCCCAGCCAGCUCUCCAGCCUGCCCCUCCCUGCUUUUCUCUUUUCCUCCUCAUCAUCAACUCUCCCCCCCUCCCGGCCUCGUCGCUCUAAGGCUACAGCAAGAGAGGCCCAGAAAGCUUCUGCCCCAGCCUCUUCACACACAGACAGUAGGACUGGAACCCCACUCCCAAGCUCGCCUCCUCCUUUCCGCCACCAUUUCCCAGUUCAUGCCCAGUUGCUAUCCAGUCUGGAGCCUAAGAAAACGAACAAGGCGAUGGAGCCAGUCUAGGAGGGGGGGAAAUUGUCUGAGUUUGUGUGAACUUUUCAUUUUUUAAAAAACAACAACUUCUAAAAAUUAAAAAAAGAACUUUUUUUCUAAAAAAAAGAGAGAGAGAGAACUAAAAUAAAGAUUAAUAAAUAAGUAAAUACGGAGAAAAAUAAACGAGCUUCAUCGGACUGAAUCACCAUCUCCCCUUACACAAACUUCCGUUUAAGAUUGUAGCCAUAUUUAAAAAAAAAAGCAAAAGAGGCAAAAAGGAUCAUGACGACAUUUUAUCAGUAUUGUGAAUAAACUUGAACACAAACCACGCAGUUCCAUGUCAUGUCUUCAGUUGUAGAACCUUUCUCCUGUACAAGGCGACCAAUUUGAACUUUCCUAUGGUGACACCGAUUCACAGUUCUUCUAUGAGGGAAUCAGUGUUCAUGUAUGUAUAUAUUUAUUUAUGUGUAAUUUAAUGGGAAUUGUAAAUAUGGUGAGUCUGUUUGAAACUUUUUUUUUAUUUAUCUGGUGAUCUCGUUUACCUCUUGUUUAGUGGGUUUAUAAAUCUUCCCCCUUCUUAGUUCCAUCACUGUGGUUCAUGGUUCCUGACUUAGAAAACAGAGGGGUGAGGUUUUUUGUUUUUUGUUUUUGGAGGGAGGGGGUGGUAUUUUUCUGGGAUUUAUCACUUCAGCCCUGUUGUAGCAUGUUUAAAAAGGCGACAAUAAAGCAGCUAAGCAAAUAAAAUAAUCAGGAUUAAAAAACCCAACCAUAUUAUUAGUAUGACCUUUACUUUCUCAUUGAGAAAGAAAAACAAUAACCCUGAAAUGAUGUUUGACCCUCUUCUAGAAAGAUUUUUUAAAGUGUUCGUUUCUAACCAUUCCUUAUGUGUUACAGCUGAAAAAGUAAAGAAACAAAGUUUAUGCCCAGAGUUGUCCUACUGAAAACAGGAUCAGAGCAAUAAAUUGAUAUUGUCUAUUCAGAUAAAGGCUUAGGGAUCUUCCCUCCUCCCCUUUUCAUUUUGAGUUGUGUUUUGGUUCAAAGAACUUCCACACAUUUGGGACCACCUGGUAUCCUCUAUUUCCACCAGCCAUAUUGGAAGCAGUUAUAGUUGUAUUGUAUUGAGUUGUGCUGGCAGUAGUUUCCAUGCCUGUCAAUGUAUCAUAGUCCUUUGUUGCCCAGAUAAAUAAAUAUUUGAUACGCUUUAUGUCGAUUUUUUUUAUUCAGUGGCUGUCUUUACCCAGGCGUAUUUUUGUUCUUGGCAGUAUUUUUUAUUCAGUAUGGUUACAGUAAUUGAGUUUAACUCUCCCUUGACAAUUGCUCCUUGCAAUAAGCAGCUGAACCCAUUGUUUCCCUCAAGUAUAAUAAAAACUUACUUUCAAGUUGGAGUUCAGAGCAGGGUAUCAUUUAGAUAUUCCACUGAGUCUGUAUUCAGACAAAUUACACAAUAAAACACAAUGUACUCUUUUGGAUAAAAAAUAUUGUACUGUUAAAGAAAUGGCAUACUUUUCUUUAACUGAACGGUAAUUUUAUUUUUUAAAAAAUAAAGUUUUAUUUUAUUUAUUUGAUCUUUUAGGUUUUUA